CAUGGACGAGACACCAGAGCCUCUGGCCAUGACCGUCCACCUCCUGGCCAACUCUGGGCACGGCUCGCUUCUGCAGCAAACUCUCGACCGGCUCCUGGACUGCGUGUGCCCAGACGUCCGUCCCUUUCUGGUGUCAGAGCGGGUCCGGCCAGCGAAAUACUACGACAGGGGCCACUCCAGGCGCUCACGGUUCCCGGGGAUGUCUGUUUUGCUCUUCCUGCACGAGAGCCUCGGGGAGGAGCGGCUGUUCCGGGUCCUCGACUCCCUCCGGCGCUGGCCCUGGCAGUGCUACCCGGCCCCCAAUGCCCCGGGGCGACCUUGUCCCUACGUUCUCGCCAAGCAGGAGUUCUACAGCCUGGACAGCCAGAUGCCCGUCUGGGGCGUGAGGCAGGUGCACUGUGGGGCUGAGAUCCUGCGAGUGACACUCUACUGCAGUUUUGACAACUACGAGGAUGCCAUCAGACUCUACGAGCUGAUCCUGCAGAAGGACGCCACCUUGCAGAAGAGCAACUUCUGUUUCUUUGUGCUCUAUGCCACCGAGAGCUUCGCUCUGCAGCUGUCCCUGAAGCAGCUGCCCCUGGGGAUGUCAGUGGACCCCAAAGAGUCUUCAGUGCUGCAGUUUAAGGUCCAAGAGAUUGGCCAGUUAGUGCCUCUUCUACCCCAUCCGUGCGUCCCCAUCAGCCGCACCAGGUGGCAAACACAGGACUAUGACGGCAACCAGAUUCUGCUUCAGGUCCAACUGAAUCCAGGACUUGGUGUGAGGAAUGGCGAGCUUUCCUUUCUGAACGGCACCUCGGGAGCUAACACGCUUCCCCAGGGCUCCAGGCUGAUCCCUGUCUCCACAAGGAGGACCCUAGAGCCCAGAGGCCGAAGAAGCCGGGCCAGGAGGCUCAAGGUGGGCUCUCCGGAGUGCCCAGCGCCCGGCGGAUGCCCAGCGUCAGACAGCUAUAGUGGUACUUUGUGGAAAAACCCUGGUUGCCCAUCCCAGGACCGCAGCGCAGCCGCGGGUGCCCGGAUGCAUCUGCUUUCUCCCCACCUCCAGCCUGGGGCCACAGCAAAGGUCCUCAGCCCGGAAAACAGCUUUGAGAAGCUGGAGGCAGAAACUAAUGUGGACACGGGGCGCACCACGGUCAACUGUGAACCCAGGCAAUCUUUUGUGAGCAAACUUCCAAGGGAUCUCCGGGCCAGCCAGCCACCAUCCUGCUUGCCAGACUCAUCCUUAGGGGCAACUGCCUCCAAGAACAAUAAAAUCUCUAAGGAAAGGAUCCAUGGUUUGUCCCUUGCUGGCCAGAGGGAUCUUGGUGCAAGGAAGACGAUGUCAAAAUGUCUCCUUCACCUGCCAGUCCAGGGUGAAGAAAAAGAAGAAGAAGAAUUCUUUAUAUAGCACCAAACAAGUGGGGUUUCCUAAAACACGAGAUCAGAUACAGUGUUCCAGGAAUGGAGCCUUCUGACCUAGAAUCGGGCCUGUUUCUUGUUCACGUGAGGGGCCCCGAAGGCUAGCCAUGCACAGAUCAGUAUAGCGCUUAUUUCAACUGUUCCCAGUCUCACGGUGCUGUGAACGGUUAUUUGCGAUCGUGGUCAGGAGGGAACACAGCCAACGUGCAGGGGAAAAAAGCCCUUGGAGACACAGCUAACCCAGCUGGGUGUGUUGAGUUCAGCACCUAUCAGAAAUAAUUGCAUUGUAUGCAAAUGAGUCAGCUGUGUUAUGCAAUGCUGAUGAGCGUAUGCACUUUGGUUUUAAUUUUCGCUUGGGUUGCAUAGUUCAUCCCCUUGGACGACACGGACUAUUUGUUCUUUAGUGUUUUUUAAUUUUAUGUGGCCUCCUUUGGUAUCUAUGCUCUGUAUACUACAUAGCCGCUCGUGAUUUUGCCUUUAAAGUUGUUUGCAUCUAGAAUGAGUUACCAUGCAAGUGUUUUGAAAAUUAGAAACAAUUUAGUUUUUUCCUGUUUAAUGAGCAGAAACACAGGAAGCCAAGAAAUCCGGUGAAAAAGGAAAACUAGGCUCUGGGAUUUCCCAGCCCCUCCAUUUCUCAUUUGUUUCUGGGCUACUUCAAAGGGGCCAAGUGGUUCAUGUUUCUAACCAGAGAGGAACAUGACAUGAUUGGAUGAUUCCAGAUCUCUACUUAACGCGGCAGGAAGAUUGGAUUGGAUGGGUCGUUGGAGCAGGACUUACGUUCUUCUAGCCAUGUUCAAAUUCCUAAAUUUCUUUGCAAUACUCAUUCAUUCAUUUAUACAUUCAUUCACUCAUUCAGCAAGUAUUUAUGGAGCACCCAUGUUUGAAUGAGACAGACAUUGACAUAUGGUCCACAUACAUUCUGGGGCCAUCCAACCACCAAAAGUUUAUGGUCCCACCAGUACAGAUCCAUUGUAUCAACACUUGAGAAUAUGUUGAAGUGUUAAUUCCUCUGGAACCCUUUUCCGCAAGUGAUGGUCACACUUGCUGCACAAGGCUGUAGUAACCAUUCGUCACCUGCAGGUGGAGACCGGCGCAUAUUAUAAGUUGCAAUUAUAACCACAAUGGACAAAUUCUCGGUUGCUCAUAGACUGUAUUUUUUUGUUGGGUCUGUAAUAAAGGUUUUUAAAACAUCUGAGGUCUGUGUGUUGUAGUCAAUUUAUAACGUUAUUGGACUCCAUGAACCUUAUUCUCCAAAUCCAUGCUGAUUUGGCCCGAUCUUCGUGACAACCCGACACUUAGUAUACCCACGUGGAGAG